GAAAAGAAGAGAACGCUGGCGAAGCAGCUCUCAGAUGUAGAUCGAAGCGAAAGCGGGGGAGUCGAACCGGACGGAGGAGCCCGCAGUGCACGCCGCCUCUCAGUUCAUCUCAUUCGGCCUGAAGAUGCUCCGGGUGGCCGGUAUGGCGCGCAGCGUCCCCGCUCUCCUCUCACUGCUUUGCGUGGCGCUGGCGGCCGCGUCCGCUGACCUGUUCGACAACCAGCUGGGCGACAUCAGCUACUGCAAAAAGCAAUGCCAGGUCAACAUCCGAAACAAAAGCCCGGCCAAAGACUCCAUCAUGAAUGCUUGUUAUCGCGGCUGCCGCCUGUACUCCAUUUGUCAGUUUGUGAAUGGAAACACUGGCUUCAACAACAGCAAGGAGGAAUGCCAGGGAGCAUGCCAGGAGGCAUACAGUAAGUUACUGGAGCAGGAAGCUUGCAGCACAGGCUGUGCCAGCCAACCAGCUGAGCCCGAGAUCAAACGGAGAAAGCUUAAGGCCCUGACCAAUCGUCCCAAACCAGUCUCAGUGAUGGAUGCUGUGUCCAGCUGGUGUAACGAUAUCGUCAGCUCUGCUCAAAGCUUUAUCUCCUCCACCUGGACCUUCUACCUGCAGGCUGAUGAUGGGAAAGUGGUUGUCUUCCAGAGCCAGCCUGAGAUUGAGUACUCCCUGCCUGAAUUGCAGGCACCACGCUCCAGUGUUGCAGACAAGCCCUGGCCCCAAGUCAACCCACACACACAGCGGCCACACACUGGAGGGCGGUCGCAUGGGGAGAGGAAUGCAGCAAAGGCCGCAGGAAAAGGAAAACACAGCAACCAGCACGCUGAGGACCCUGCUGCUGAGCAUGACUUCUUGGGCUGCAUGUCAAGGCGUUCAGGUCUGCCACGCUGGAUCCUGGCAGCCUGUCUAUUCCUGUCCAUCAUGGUGAUGCUGUGGCUGAGCUGCGCCAGUCUGGUGACGGCGCCAGAGCAGCAUGUCAAGACUCAGUUGAGCAUCAACGGCGAUAAGGAAUUCCUGGACGACAUGCCGAAGGUCAACCCCUACCACUUGACUCCAGUAAUUGCAGUGGCAAUUGGCAAGUCUGAGGAGGAAAAAGAGGCGGGGCCUCUGCCGGUCAAAGUUGACCUGAACAAAACCUCACUUUAGAGUUAAAGGGUCGUAACAUCUGUUAAUCUCUCUAUCAUUUACAGGGAUAAAGUCACACCAUGUUUCAUUUUAAAUAACCAUGCAUGGCACCAUGUAAUAUAUAUAAUUUAUAAUAAUGUCCUGUCUGGAGUCUGAGGCCUUCACCGAACCUGCCAGACACCUGCAAUUGUACUAUAGGUGCUUGUCCACACAAAACACAAACGCCGGCUCGGUCCGUACUCGCACUGAUACUUCAGCUAAGGAAUAAGGAGUAAUUUACACAGCUGUCAUCAAGCAGUCCAGAAACAGACAGUGUUCUUCAUCGCUACGUGGAAGUUAUAGGUUUUGUUCACUAGACAAUGCUACUUAGGAAAACAAGAUUACUCACCAAGCACUGAAUGCAGCACUGUGCUGAAAGAGUUUAGAUAAGAAAGAACACACAUUGCAGCGUAAAUGAAAGGUGAACACUUCCUAAGUGCUCGCACAGAUUAAUUAGUGUCGCACAGAGAUGAAGCACACAGAUAGAUAAGCCUGGGGCUUUGAAGGUGAUUCUGCUGGAAACUCUCCAGCUUUGUUAACGUCAGAUACUCGCUGAUCUGACAAGCGUGAGGCAUCAAACCCGGCCCAUAAACGGAGCCUCACCGUCGGAACAGCUGAUUAAAACAUUUGCACAACAUGCAGACAGAACGCUAAUAUAUUCUUUGAACUAGCAUGUCGCCGAAGCCGCGAAGACACUCUUAAUUACAGCGAGGAAAAAAGACGAACGCUGACAGCUUAGAUUAGCCCGCUUGUGAUUGUUUUCUUUUCCAUCUCGGCUUGGGAACGGCUUCUGUUUCGGAUGGAAGGAGAUUUUAGCACUUAUUUUUCGCAUGUUUGAACACAACUGGAAGUGUGCCCCACUCUGAGAAUAACGGGAGCAUGACGCUGUGUACAUACUUGCCGUUAUUUAUUUAUUUAUCUGUCUUAUCUAUUUCUGGGUUUAUGCAGGACUUAACAAUAACACUACACUAAUGUAUUAGGUCUUAAUAUGCGUCUCAUCCAUCAUUUAGCUGCUCCAUUAAUAAGACUCAGUGUCACAAUGUGUAUGAAACUUGUCCCCAGUGUAAGCAGCUACUACCAUCAAGUAUUUACAGCAAGUGCAAAUUUCUCAUAGGGAAGGUAGAGGGAAGCAGGAAGGUACUUUGUUGUACUGUUGUACAGUAAGAAUGUGAAUUUCUAUAUUAUUCUAUGGCUUUUAUUGUGUUCUUAUAUAUAUAUAUAUGCCAACAGUGGGGUAUGGAUGGGGUGGUUCUACUUCUGCUUAAUGCUAGAGGCUUUACAGAUAGACUGUUUGUAACCAUCUGUAGAACUGGCCUGCCUAAGGUUGUUUCUAGUGCAAAUUGCCUUGUAAAGCUAUUUUACCCAUUCAGUCCUAGUCGCAGUGCAUGCUAGUACGCUAUGAGACUUAAAAUGACCUGUCACCUUACGGCAGCAAACUACUGUACGCUUUUAAUCUUUGUGUUUUUAGCUUAAUGUUAAAUAUGCAGUGUAAUUAUUCUAAUUACUGAUGAUACAGGAGGACGAAACAAUAUACCCUGAAGUCCACAUCUUCUCUGGUUCGGAGUAAGAUCACUGCUGUAUAAAAUGACAUUCAAUGAAAUGAAGUCUUUCUUUCUCUUUUGAACAGUUUUCAAUUACCUAAUCCAUAACACACAAUGAAAUAAAGUCUUUUUAUGUUGUAAUUAAA